GGCUCACCACGCCCUAGGAGCAAAGCUGGGCUUUAUAGUGCGCGUGCCCCUGUCUCUGCCUGCCUUCUUUUCCUCUGAUGGCGCUUUUCUAUUCGCUCCCUUUUUCUUUCUUACUGUCAGCUCUCCGGCAGCAGCUCUCCCUACGGGAGGGGUGAGUGACUGUGCCUGGAAGACAGAUCCACCAUAAGGAAGUUCUUCCCCCAGGCGCACGCUCAGAUUGCUGGAUGGCGGAAGAAUGACUUUGGAGUCCAUCAUGGCGUGCUGCCUGAGUGAGGAAGCUAAGGAAGCCCGGCGGAUCAACGACGAGAUCGAGCGGCAACUGCGUCGGGACAAGCGGGACGCCCGUCGGGAACUGAAGCUGCUGCUGCUGGGCACAGGGGAGAGUGGCAAAAGCACGUUCAUCAAACAGAUGAGAAUCAUUCAUGGAUCAGGUUACUCUGAUGAAGACAAAAGGGGCUUUACAAAAUUGGUGUACCAGAAUAUAUUUACAGCAAUGCAGGCCAUGAUCAGAGCCAUGGAUACCCUCAAAAUCCCAUACAAGUAUGAACAUAAUAAGGCUCAUGCACAGUUAGUUCGAGAAGUUGAUGUAGAGAAGGUGUCAACUUUUGAGAACCCUUAUGUAGAUGCAAUAAGAAGUUUAUGGAAUGACCCUGGAAUCCAGGAAUGUUAUGAUAGACGGCGAGAAUAUCAGUUAUCAGAUUCAACUAAAUAUUAUCUUAACGACUUGGACCGCAUAGCAGAUUCAGCCUAUCUGCCAACUCAGCAAGACGUGCUUAGAGUUCGAGUCCCAACAACAGGGAUCAUUGAAUAUCCAUUUGACUUACAAAGCGUCAUUUUCAGAAUGGUGGAUGUAGGAGGCCAGCGAUCGGAAAGAAGAAAAUGGAUACAUUGCUUUGAAAAUGUCACAUCUAUCAUGUUCCUUGUAGCUCUCAGUGAAUAUGAUCAAGUGCUUGUAGAGUCAGACAAUGAGAAUCGAAUGGAAGAAAGCAAAGCACUCUUUAGGACAAUUAUCACAUAUCCAUGGUUCCAAAAUUCUUCCGUCAUUCUUUUCUUAAAUAAAAAAGAUCUCUUAGAGGAGAAAAUUAUGUACUCCCAUUUAGUUGAUUAUUUCCCAGAGUAUGAUGGACCACAACGGGAUGCACAAGCAGCACGAGAGUUCAUCCUGAAGAUGUUUGUAGACCUGAAUCCAGAUAGUGAUAAAAUUAUCUACUCCCACUUCACAUGUGCUACAGACACAGAGAAUAUACGCUUUGUCUUUGCUGCUGUCAAGGACACAAUCCUACAGUUAAACCUGAAGGAGUACAACCUGGUCUAGCUGUGUCUAGGAGACCCUCCAAGACCACCUUUGCGUGAUUGAAGAUACACGAGGGACUGUAUUAUCUGUGAAAACAAAUUGCGUAAUACUAAUUUAUUGCCAGCAUGGACUCUGUGAAUGUCCACAGAGUUUUUAGUUAAUAUUAUUAUUUUAUUUAAACUAUAUGGAGGAAAAAAAAAAUAUGCUGAAGUACAUUCACAGUACAUUUUCUUAAUUUUUGAGCAAAAUCUUGUGACUUGUUUUAAAUUCUCAGUUGUACACUCACAAAGGAUAACAGUUUUUUUGCUAUUGAAACAAAAUCAAGCUGGUUUCCUCUUUCCCUGACCCUUUCUCUGUCCCUCCUUCCUCUCCCUCUUAUGUUUUCAAAGGUACAAUGGCUGUUUUCCCAGUUGCAUUUCUGGUAAAAUAUUUUCUGUUGAGCGCUUUGGUCAGGAAAAAUUAAUCAGAACUGAAGUUAUCAGUCAUUCAAAUUUUACAGAAUGUACUUUCUCUGAAGGAUCACAAGUACUGAUAGUGUGUUUUUUAAAUUCUUGACAUGGGUCUUUUCAUUCUGUCUUCACUUUUGAGGCUAGAAUAUUGAGAUUGCAAAAUAGAAAUAGUUGUGCAUGGAUUUAGAAUUUAACCGUACUUUCACAGUUCAAAAAGAUGCAUAGAAGACAGUAAUGAAAUAAACCUGGGAUGUUCAUGGAAUAUCAUAUCUUUAAUUGCCAUGUGCCAUUAUUUUUUCUUUAUUCACAAAUGCCAAACAGAAAUGUCACAGACACUACAUUUUCCUGAGUGGCUACAGCCUGAAAUGGUGGUGGUUGGCUUUUUUUUUUUUCCCAAUUGUGUGCAUUUUUUAAGUUAGAGAUUUUUUAAAGCAUGCUUUUCCACAGUAGAAAAAAAUAUUUUUGUUGUAUAAAAUCUUGCCAAAUCUUUUUAUAAAACCAAUGCUUUUGAAACAUAAGAUACCAAUUGAAAUGCCAAACUGAUGGAAUAGGAACUGACCUGAUUGAGUCAACUGCCAAAUUAUAAACAAACAUAGUUUCAGCUCAUAUGUUCCCUUUUCUAGAAAGCGUUCCAUUUUCUAAUGCCAAAACCAACAGUGUGAAUGAAUAUGCUACUAGGUAUAUGUGUACAGAAGACAGUUUAACUCUCUCCUUAUGUCAGAGAUAGGAUGAGAUUGCAUUAAAUGUUUUCUGUAAUAAUAUCAAAGCACCUUUGUACAGCAUGAAAUUAUUGAGUGAUCACAUUCAGGAACCUUUCUUGAUAAGAUUGCCUCUUAACCAAUUCACAGACAUUUGGUAAGCUUCAUGCAAAAUAGCCUCUCUUGAUGUUCUUUAGAAAGAUUUUUUUUAUGUAAAUGAAACAGUGAGAAAAUCACUUGACAUUAAUAUGUGCGUUUUGUUAACAAAAAUGUAGCACACAUUGAUGAGCAUCUUAGGUUGACAGGUGUUUUUUUGACCAGGUGCAUGAUUGCUAGGAAAAGAACUUGGAGGUCAGAUGUAAUUUGAUUGAUUACAGUGCCAAGUAGCACUAGAGUGUACUUCGCACAGAAUUUGCUGCCUCUCAGCAGUGGAGGAGAGGUGGAAAGGGAAUAACUUAUUAGUUUAGUAAUCAAGUUAACAAUAAAUACUAAUGAUAUGUUUUUCAUACUUAACCCUCCCAACUCCAAAACAACAAUAAUAACAGUUGCUAUUUUUUACUUCCCUCAUAAAACACCUUAUAACUGAAAACAGGUUGUAGGUAUAAUGCAAUUAUGAAUGCUAUAAUCACUGUACAUACAUACAUACAUAUAUAUAUAUGGUAGCAUCCAUAUUGGCUUUAUAAUAAUUAUUUUUUGGCAAAUUGAAUGUGCUGUGUUGAUAUGUAUCUAUGUAAUUGUAUCAUAUGUCUUACAGCUAAUUUACAUUUUAAAUAAUGUUAUUUUAUUUACUUGUUAAGAGAAGGAUGUAAAUUUUGUCAUUUUAUUUCUGACUAGGGCUUUGUUGUUUAUAUUUUAAAAGCAAAAAAAAGCUUAUUAUAGUACAGAGUGGUACUAGCAUUGUGCUGUGUAGAAUCAUUUGUACAUUCCUGAGUAAAAGUAAAUUGGAGACAUGCAGAGGACAUUCACAAUCAAAACAAUGCUUAAAUCUUGUCAGGGCUUUAUACAAAUGUAGAAAAUGGCUUUGUUGGAAAAAUGUAUGCCAUUAUAUCUACGAUUGGAACAUAAGCUCUUAAACAUGAAUUUGUAUUUGGCAUAUUCAACUUUGGGUAAUUUUACCUUUCUAAUAGCCUUUAUUAGAAAAGUUAAUGUAGAGACAUUUCAAACCAUUCAAUGUAAGUACUAAAUGAGUAUAUGCUGUUUCCCUAAAAAUAUCAUGAAAAAACACAGAACAUUAGAUCAGUUAAAUAUUGUUUCAGAAAUUACAGAAACCUUAGAUCUAACAACAAAAAAGUCACUAGUGUUAACAUUUUUAAGGAGCUAAAGAAUUUUAUUUAAUAAAGCAAAAGCAGGUAGUUGUAGGUUACAAAAAAUGACAAUGACAUUCUAAACACGUGAUCAGAACAAUUGUUCUUGUUAUAUAUGUCAUUAUAAACUUGGUCCUGAUCUUGCUUAUAAACAUAACAAAUCUUCUGUUUCCACUGUUGAUUAUGAAGUGCGUGAUAAGAUCCCUUCUUUUAACCUGGGAAUACAUUGGCCACCUUGGAUUUAGUGAUAUAAAUAGAACUGUAUAAAAACCAACCAACCAAACAAAAAACCCAACAAAACCCAACCAAACAAAAAAGUGGUGGCUAAAAAAAAGGUUUGGGGUUUGUUUUGUUAUGUUUUUGAUUCUGAGGGAGGGGAAUGGUGUUUUAAGUUUUGUAUAAAAACAAAACAAAAGUGUACUCAUGCUUUAUAGAUAUAUUGUGAUUGCAGAUUUCAAGAGUGUGUGCCACUGGGCUACUUCUGGUAUAUUUUAAUUGAGUUGAACCUGUGGCAAUGUUUAGAUAAUUUGAGCAUAUUCUGCAAAAACAUAUAUUCAGCAUGCUAAUGGCAGCCUUACAUUAUUCACCUAGCACAGCAUUGCAGUGUGACAGUGUUUACAAAAACAUUUCCUUUUUAAAUGACAAAACUAUUCCCACUUGCAAUAUAUUCCAUUGCUGUUGCUGUUUUCCAUUAUGCAUUAUAGUGCUUGAGUCCAGAAGUAUGUGCCACUACCAUGAAGCUGAAGGCAAAACCAAGACAGAAACCCUUUUAACUUUGCCAAAAUUAUGUGAUUUCAUUGGAUGUCAUAAAUGGGAGAGGAGGGAAGGAAAAUAUCUCAGGUAUCUGUGUAUUCUAGGUAUUCACUAGUACAAGAAGGCUGUAAUGUGUGUUUUACAGAAACCUUAAACUUGCUUUUUUCACUAACUGGGACUGUCCUGACAUACAUAGGAUAAUGAAGCUAUAAGGGCAGUUUACUUUUUAUAAUUCAGACUCUUUGGAUUUUAUAGAAUCAUAAAUUGUUUUGGUUGGAAAAGACCUUUAAGAUCAUAAAGUCCAACCGUUAAUCUAACACUGCCAAAUCCACCACUAAGCACCACAAAUCCACCCGAAGCACCACAUCUACACAUCUUUUAAAUGCCUCCAGGGAUGGUGACUCCACCACUUCCCUGGGGAGCCUGUUCCAAUGCUUGAUAACCCUUUAUGUGAAUAAUUUUUUCCUAAUAUCCAAUCUAAACCUCUCCGGUACAACUUGAGGCCAUUUCCUCUUGUUUUAUCACUUGUUACUUGGGAGAAGAGACUGACACCCGCCUCACCACAACCUCCUUUCAGGCAGUUGUAGAGAGCGAUAAGGUCUCCCUUGAGCCUUCUUUUCUCCAGACUAAACAACCCCAGUUCCUUCAGCUGCUCCUUGUAAGACUUGUGCCCUAGACCCUUCACCAGCUUUGUUACCCUUCUCUAGAUGCGCUCCAGCACCUCAAUGUCUGUCUUGUAGUGAUAGUCCCAAAACUGAACACAGCAUUUGAGGUAUGGCCUCACCAGUGCCAAGUAGAGGGAAACAAUCCCUUCUCUAGUCCUGCUGGCCACACUGAUACAAGCCAGGAUGCCAUUUGCCUUCUUAGCCACAUGUCCAUGCUGUCAGCUUAUAUUCAGGUGACUGUCAACCAGCACCCUCCAGUCCUUUUCCACUGGGCAGCUUUCCAGACACUCUUCCCCAAGCCUGUAGCAUUGCAUGGGGCUGUUGUGACCCAAGUUCAGGACCCAGCACUUGGCCUUGUUGAAUGUCAUCCAAUUGGCCUCAAUCCAUUGAUCCAGCCUGCCCAGAUCCCUCUGUAGAGCCUUCCUACUCUCAAGCAGAUCAACACUCCUGCCCAACUUGGUGUUGUCUGCAAAUUUCCUGAGAGUGCACUCGAUUCACUUUUCCAGAUCAUCGAUAAGGAUAUUGAACAGAACUGGCCCCAAAACUGAGCCCCUGGGAACACCACUUGUUACUGGCCACCAACAGAAUUUAUCUCCGUUCACCACAACUCUUUGAGCCCAGCCAUCCAGCCAAUUUUUUACACAAGAAAGAGUACAUCUGUCUAUUCCCUGAGCAGCCAGUUUCUCCAGGAGAAUUCUGUGUCAAAGGUUUUACGAAAUUCUAGGUAGAUAACAUAAGUUACAGUAUAAACAGUAAUUUUUAGUCAUACUGCCACGAGAUUGUGAAACACUUUUUAAAGUUUCAAUGUGGAGAAGAGACUUUUUGCUGGCUGUCAGUCAGAAUUUACUGCAUGAUUUGCAAAAACUUUAAAAGGGGGUAAAAGGGCUGCAUAUUAAAACAUUGCUAGACUCCGAGCUUUUGGUUGUAAGAUACAAAAGACUUUCAGAUUAUUCAACCUAAUGCCCCUUCCCUUGUUAUGUAUCCUUCACAAAGAAAUAAUAGGAGAAAGCAAAGAUAUGUUAGCCAACAUGGAAAAAAAAAAAAGCCCAAAUAAUUUAUUAUAUAUGCUGCUGUUCUUGAAGCUCUGCGUGUGUUUAUCCUGCAUUACAUUAGUAAACUAAUGAAGUGUGCACAGUAUAUUAACAAGGCCUAUGAAUGACCUACCUCUAGUUAAGAAAUCAAGAAAAUAAAUAUGUUUUGGAGAGACUGUCACAAGUUAGGAAAUUAAAAUUAUUUGUUGUAGAUAUUUAAUGGCUUUUUUAGCCAUUCACACUUUUGUAGAUACAGUCCCUCUUCGGACAUAAACUACUGUCAUAUGUCCCUGUCCAUUUUGUUAGUUUAGUAGAGAUCUUGAAGAACAAUAUGCUUUGGUUUGAUAAAGACCGCUGAUAUCUUCUCUUCUUUUUUUUUUUUUUGCUUGAUCCUUAAUAUUUUGAGUUGUAUCAAUCAAAACAAACAUUUCCAUGCAAUGAGUAACCUAUUGAGGGUCAUUAUUUCUCUAGUUACAGGGAUUUCGCUCAAGCUUUUUUACGGUAGCCAUGAUGCAGGAAAGAAAGGAAUAGAAUUAUUUGGGCAAAGUUGAUGUUGAAGAUAGUGUCAAAAAUGCAAGAGAAUUCAACCAGAUCAAUCUUAUUCUAAAGCUGUUUUUGUGUUUGUGUGGGUUUUUUUCUCUCAAAGGAUUGUCUAAGCUGAAGUCUAUUGCUGGAUUCCUUAUUUAUCAUGCUGCAGGAAAUCCUUAUUUGACCAAUAUAUUGGGGGGGGUGUCAGAUGCAUUUUUUAUUUUGCAAUAUUUAACAAAAAUAAAUAUCAUAUUUGCUAUUC